GCCACUGUUCUGGAACUUCAGUCAUUUUCUGUUCUUUGGUGCAGCAGCAGCAGCGACGGGCCGUGAGCUUGUGUUGAGUUUCGAUUUAAAGCUUUCGUGACUGCAGGGAUUCAUCUUCUUGGUUCUUUCGGUAAAGUCACGUAGAAGGGAAGUAAUAAAAUAAUAAAAAUAAAACAUAAUAAAAUAAUUAUCACGACGUUUCGGCCACAACGCAAGCAGCCGUCCUCACCUGAGGACUUCCCUUCUACGUGACUACCUUGUGUUGAGUGUCCACGAGUCAAGCGGAGAGAGACGGCGCGGAUUGUCACCAUGAGGAGGAUGAGGAGGAAAGGCGACUUGGACAGCUGCUGCGGGCUCGCGUGUCUCCUGCUGGCCCUGGCUGCUUUUUCCACCGCAAUCGAAGGCCCAGCUGUGAAUUCAGAAUGUGCCAAAGGAUCUUACAGAUCGCAGAUUGGUCACUGCUGCCUGUUGUGUCGAGCAGGGUCAUACAAGAAAAUGGACUGUGCAUCAGAGGGCCAGGAGGCCUCGUGUGAAGUUUGCCCUCGUGACCAGUACAUGGACCAAGACAACAAUGCCCCACGUUGUGAAAAUUGCAGCCGCUGCAGAGAAGAUGAGGAAGCUGUUGUGAUCUGCUCUGUGGCCCAGGACACCAAAUGUGAUUGCAAAGAUGGACUCAAUAGAGACCCCACCUCAGAUACUUGUGUCCCGAUUGGAGUUAAUUGGCUUGCUAUCCUUUUUGGAAUUAUCGUGACCAUUCUGGUGUUCAUCAUUCUGGCGUUCGUCGCUUUCAAGCUGAAAUUAUUUCCCGAUCGCUCGACUGAACAGGCUGAAGAAAAAUUGAAUUUGAUUAAGAUCCAAGUUCAAAGACCAGAAGAGCAAAAUAUACGGAAUCUCAUUCAGGAGAAUAAGGAAAUCCUGACAGCAUGGAUCGGAAUGGAUCCAUUCCCUAUCCUGGAUUACAUGGAUACGCAUUCUCUGAUCCCACGGGAUGUCUACAAUGGAGCCAAGAAAGAGCGUGGACGACACUGUGCAAACUUCUUGCUGUUAGAAUGUAUUGCUGCUGGUAACAGCCAAUGCCAGAAGCUGCUGGAAGCACUCCUUGAUGUGCAAGACAGCUACCCUGAUAUCAAGACAUGGCUGAUAGACCUGGACAUCAAGCGGCUGAUUCCAACGUUCGAGGGAAUCGUCUGCAAGAAGGUUCGCAGAGCGAAACCUGACCUCAAGCACUGGAUCGGUGUGGAGACUCAACCCCUCGUGGAGCAUAUGAAGAGGCAGAACUCCAUGAUGAUGCAACAAAUCCCUGACAACUUGUCAACAUCCUCUGAUCUCAUUGACUUUGUCAUUGAUAAUGGGGAGGAGUUCUGUGGGGCACUGGUGUCUGCCUUAAAGGAUCUGCCAAAUCAGUAUCCAAAUGCCCAGCCUUGGCUGCAACUGUCCCAGAAAUGAUCUAAAAUGCCGCUGUGAGAAUUAUAAGCUCAAAAUCGAAUCCCGAAUCGAUUUAAAUAUCUAACUCGCAGUCUUUAAGAUCCUCCAUGCCAACGUUUCUCAGAGUAUCUCUCUACUCCACGCACUCUCCUACCUCUCUCUACUCCACGCACUCUCCCACCUCUCUCUACUCCACUCCACGCACUCUCCUACCUCUCUCUACUCCACACACUCUCCCACCUCUCUCCACUCCACGCACUCUCCUACCUCUCUCCACUCCACGCACUCUCCCACCUCUCUCUACUCCACGCACUCUCCUACCUCUCUCUACUCCACACACUCUCCUACCUCUCUCUACUCCACGCACUCUCCU